ACUGCCACAAACCCGGAAGUGAGGACGGAAGUUCUGACUGCAUGAGCGUAACACUGACUUUCAUGAACCUAGCAAUCAUUGGUUGAAAUCACUGACUGUAAAAAAUACAGUCAAUGGUUGAAAUAUAUUUCUCUUCAGCUUUACGGCAUUUAUUUUGAAGUAUUUUUUUUUAUUUCCGUCUGGAGACUUUUAUUUUGAAGAGCAAUGAGAGCCCGCUUCCGUUUCCAUAGUAACGUUAGCUGCGCUAACAGCUAGCCGCUUGCUGUCUCGGGUGUUUCUCUGUCUGGGAGGGGGAACUCCGUCGGUUCUCGGUGCGUCACGCUCCCUGGUAAACGGUGCCGUGUGUGCACGUGCACGCGUGGAAUCAGGGGUCACCUGGAAAACGCAGGGAGCGCGCGGCAGCGAGCUCUAACAUGAAGAGCCAGCAGAAAAGCCCGGAACCGGAAAGAGCCCUCAUCGUCAGUGAGGAAGGUUCCGUUGCCACCGCCGAGGAUCCGGCUGCCAUCACCAACAUCCAGUCCGCCGCCACCUUUCCUGACCAGCCCGUCAAAUACCUGUUCAAGACCGAAGGGGCGGGGGGACAGGUGACCUACAGGGUGAUCCAGGUCGCAGAUGGGCAGCUUGAGGGGCAAACAGAGGCUGCUGCGGCGGUCAGCUUGGUGGCGGGGUUUCCUGCGACCUCACAGACAGUUCCACAGGCCGUCUUCUCUCAGUCAGACGGGUUAGAGGCAGAUGGCAGCGCAGAGGCCCAGUACACCUACUACCCUGCCACCAUCGCAGAUGCAAACACAGGCACCAUGGUGACCACGGUUCAGGCCUCCGACACCCUGCUGGGACAGACCACGCCCACUGGACAGGUGUAUGUGAUGAUGUCACCACAGGAGGUUCUGACCUCCAACCAGAGGACGAUUGCUCCACGCACUCAGCCGUACAUCACGAAACAGGAAGCUCCUCGCGGCUCCAGGGAUGAGAAGCGGCGAGCCCAGCACAACGAAGUGGAGCGCCGGCGCAGGGACAAAAUAAACAACUGGAUCGUGCAGUUGUCCAAGACCAUCCCAGACUGCAACAUUGACUACACCAAGACGGGCCAGAGCAAAGGGGGCAUCUUAUCCAAAGCCUGUGAGUACAUCAAGGAGCUCAGACAGAGCAACAUGAAGCUGGCGGAGGAGGUCGGUGUCCUGGACCGGCUUCGGGUCGACAACCAGCUGCUACGACAGGAGGUAGAGGAUUGGAAGUCCAAGAACCAGAUCCUGAGGAACCUUUUGCGGCAGCAUGGCAUCACAGGAUCGUCGAGCGGCGACUCUCAGUGAGGCGGCAGAGACUGAGCCAGGCUGGCAGAAACUUUGCAAAAGCUCACCCGAAGCCCUGAAGAUUGUUUUCAGCUUCUUCCUACAGCACUCGCACGCCAUGACGGGACAUCAACCACAGACAGGAGCCUCCACUCCCAUGCACUUGCCUAUCAGGCUGUUUCAUGCCUGUUCUGGGUAGAGCGAUCCACAUCGUUGACAUCUGAGGAGAACAGACUGAUAAUAAUGAGGAGUGGACCUCCUGCUCGGCGACUCUUAACUGGCUAAUGGCUCCUCCCAUGAUGCUUCAGGUCCUCUACUCCCAUCUCCUUCACAUCAGAUGCUUUGCUUUUACUUUAUGGUGUCUCCAUCAGUCAUGCUUCUCUUUCUUUGUAUUUUUCUACCUUUCGUGAAGCCCGAGUAAGGACUGUGACCAGCAUUGUAGCACAGUGUAUGUCUUUAUAUUAAAAUACCCAAAGCUCA